AUGGCAGAUUCAUCUGCAACCCAGCAUAUCCUUGUCCUAGGCGCCGGCGUCAUUGGCCUGACAACCUCUCUCGUGCUAGCCCACACGUAUCCCAGCGCCAAAAUCACCGUCGUAGCAAAGCACUUCCCCGGCGACCGAUCAAUAGAAUACGCGUCGCCAUGGGCCGGAGCUAACUGGUCGUCCAUGGCCAAAGACAACGGCCCCCUGGAAAAAUACGACCAAGUAACCUUCAACCGCUUCGGCGAGCUCAUUGACGGCAAGCCCGUAUUCGGCUGCCAGACGCUCAAAGCAGGCGAAACCAAGAACUCCGAGGGCGGCAAUGCGGGCAACGAGAUUGGGCUGGGCCGCAUGGGUAUGUGGGCUGUUUUCGAUGCUCCGAUUGAAGACGCGGGUAUCUUGACUGAGCAGACGGGCAAAGUGUGGUAUGACAGUCUUGUGGGUGGGCUGAGAAAUCUGGGCAAAGAAGAGUUACCUGCAGAUGCAGUGUUUGGAUUCGAAGUCCCGCAGACGUUUCGGAUUAAUACGCAGGUUUAUUUGCAGUGGCUCCAACAACAAGCACUCUGCAAAGGCAUCACGCUCGUGCGUCGACACUACACUUCUGUAGCCGAGCUGCUGCAAGACCUGCCUUCGACUACGCUUCUCAUCAACUGCACCGGCCUGGGCUCUCUGCACCUCACGGAUAUCCGAGAUGAAACGCUGUAUCCGACGCGUGGACAAACGCUCCUCGUUGCGGAGCCAAAGACACCGAUUAACCGAAUGUACGAAUUUGAACGCGUCAAGUACUUCCGCUCUGCCCACCGCCUCGAUCCAACAACCACAUACGUCUUUCCCCGCGCGCUGGGCGGCGGCGUGAUUCUCGGUGGCAGCCGCCAGGACAACGACUGGAGCGAAGAGUGGGAUGAGCAGCUGUGCCAGCAGAUUAUGCAGCGAUGCUGUGCCCUGUGUCCGGAGUUGGGUCGGCCUGAGGACUUGCAGGUUAUUGCGAAGAAUGUGGGAUUGAGACCGUCGAGAAAAGGCGGUAUGAGGAUUGAGACGGAGACGGGUAAGUGGAAUGUCCCUGUUGUGCAUUGCUAUGGACAUGCUGGAGCAGGAUUCCAAUCGUCUUGGGGAUCUGCCGAGCGCGUCCUAGAGCUCGUGCAAAACAUCUUUCCACCUAGCUCGAAACUAUGA